CUAUGUACCACCUCCACAUAUUAACAAGACCUCAGGAGAACAUGUAACAGCUGGGCAAACCCUUGUACUCACAUGUACAAUAACAGUAGACUGGAGUAUUCAGAGCCAUAAUGAUGAUGUUGAUGUAGAUGAUGAUAUAUAUGUUGUUGAUGAUGUUGAUGUAUAUGAUGAUAUAGAUGUUGUUGAUGAUGUUGAUGUAGAUGAUGAUAUAUAUGUUGUUGAUGAUGUUGAUGUAGAUGAUGAUAUAUAUGUUAAACACGAUUAUUUUUCAAAACAUUCAAUUAAAUUAUUUAAAGGUGAUCAUCAUUGUGAAAAAAAGUCAAAAAGUCCAGAGUCUAAAGAAAAGUUGUUUUUAAUAAACUGCGUUGAAGAUAAAUUUUCUUGCUUUCAGGUUGGGUUUCUGAUUUCUCCUGUCCUCUUGGAGCACACUGGAAUAUAUACUUGUCAAGCCAGAUUUGAAGGAAAGACUAGCGAAUACAAAACCCAGCUGAUUGUAAGACCUAAAACCAGCUAUGUACCACCUCCACAUAUUAACAAGACCUCAGGAGAACAUGUAACAGCUGGGCAAACCCUUGUACUCACAUGUACAAUAACAGUAGACUGGAGUAUUCAGGUUCGAUUAAGCUGGAGUGUUCCAAACACAUCUAAAAAUGUUGCACGCAUUGAGACUCCUGAUCCGAUCUCAAGAAAUGUUACUUUAGGAGGCAAGCCUUUUAAGGUUGUUGAGCAGCGCCUACGGAUAUCCAAUGCUGAGCAGGAGGACCAAGGAAGCUACGAGUGUGUUGUGACCGAUCAUUCAGGGAAUAGUAAAUCUAAACGUGAAUUUAUCAGAAUCUAUGAGAGAGACCAAAGUUUCCUGAAUGUGUGGCAGGAAGGUUCCUCUACUAUUCAGAAACCAGGGGGGAGAGAGGAAACAGUCCAGUGGGUAGUUAACAUUCAAGCUCAUCCACCUCCUAGGUUGACCUGGUUUGACCCUGACGGUCAGAUUAUACAAGAAGGAGAAGACAAGGAGAAAGGAAGGAUUUUACAAACCUUCCCAACUGCUAAAGAUACAAGGUCUAUGCUGAAACUGAAGGGGUUAGAGCUGGAGAGCAGCGGAGUCUACAGGGUGAGGGUUGAAAAUGAGUUUGAAGUAAAAUGGGAAAAUUUUACUCUCAUUGUAACCGAACCCCCUCAGGUUUCUAUCACUGUGGUAUCUCAACCAGAGAGUGGACUGUUUAACCUUGGUGAAAUGUAUACCCUAAGGUGUACUGCAAGGGGGUAUCCUAGGCCCCGAGUUAGUAAAGAAUAUAUUUUAGGUGUACUGCAAGGGGUAUCCUAG